AUGGCCAAACCAGUGGCGCUCAUUGUGGGAGCUGGCAUCGCCGGUCUGGCGGCGGCCUGGUGGCUGGACAAGGCUGGCUGGCAGUCGAUCGUCGUCGACCGAGCAGAGGCCUUUCGUGUCGGCGGCUACACUAUGACCAUCUCCGGGCUCGGACACGAAACCGUCAAACACAUGGACCUUCUAGACGAGCUGCAAUCGGUUUCCCAGCACUUUGAAUACAACAUCAUCAACGACUGCUAUGGAAGGGAGCUGUGUCGCGUCAAGUACGUUGACGUCCACGGCGGUGGCCUGGACGCGCUGGCCGUUCGCCGUGACGAGUUGGCACGACUGCUCGCCAAAAGUCUGCCGGACAGCUGUUCGAUCCGGUUUCAGGAGACGGUGAGGGAGUUCACUGAUGAGGGAGACAAGGUUCGCGUCGUGCUCGCCGGUGGCGAUGUGAUUGAGGCAGACCUGAUGAUCGGCGCCGAUGGAUUUCGCUCUCAAAUUCGCCAGAGUCUGUGGAAAGACACCGAGGGCGACUUCCUGGAACCCCUGGGUUACUAUUAUGCCGCGUAUAAUUUCAGUCAGGAGGCCGAGACGCAGAACGAUUGUCACUCAUUCAACCGCCCGGGCCAGUUGGACAUGCUGUUCGCCCUGCGAGGCAAAGGCAUGACGGCCAUGCACAUCUGGCGCGAGGACCAGACCUUGUCGACCGAGAGUCCUCAAGACAAGUUCAACAUCCUCCACCGAAUAACAGCCGACAGUGUCCAGCAAGUGCGUGAUGCCGUCGACCGUGCCGACGAAGCAGGCGCUUUAGUGAACAUGGACAGUCUCACGUUGGUCAAGCUGCCUCGAUGGUCACAGGGUCGUGUGCUUCUCCUCGGCGACGCUGCGCACUGCCUCACGCUUCUGUCAGGCCAAGGCGCCGGCAUGGCACUGGUGUCGGCGGAGAUCCUUGGUAAAGAGCUCCAGAAGACGUCGGACGUACUGGAAGCACUCCGAAACCAUGAAGCGAAGCUCCGUCCGUCCAUUGAACGGCUGCAGGCGCGCUCCAGGCGUAUGGCGGCCUGGUUCAUCCCGAAAAGCACCCUUGCCUACUAUUUCCGCAACCUGGUUCUCAGGCUCUUGCCGUAUUCGUGGAUCGUCGACUUCCAUGCCAGUUCGCUCAAGUCGGAGAUUGAGUUGACGUGA